CUGAUUGGUAUCGAAUUUUAUAAUUGUCUUAGGAUAACGUUUGACUACGUUUACGUCGUUUGGUUGUACUUUCAGAUAUUUCUGUGUAAACGUUACGUUAAAUAUUGCCAUGGAAACUGUCGACAAUUAUCUGUGACGCUUGACAAGUGUGCCAAUUAGAUUUAAAGGUAUUUUUCGUAUUACCCGCGUAAUCUGCGCGCGCAGCUUGGUAGAAUUGUGAGCGCGCAGAUAGCAACAGCCCCGAGUUCGAUCAGUAGUCCUAAUGUUGGACCGACCGAAUCGACGAAAACAAUAAUUUGUCACUGAAGGAGUUGCUAUAUUUAGAAUUGGUGGUACCGAACGAAGCAGCACAGGAAAGGUUGUACUGCGUUCGUUGUCAACUUUUACUCAGUGACGACUGCGACAGUGGUAGAGUUAAUAAUCAAGGCUCGAUGGUCCAGAUCAUGCAAAACAGAAACGAGAAGCCGUCGGCUAUCGUGUGUAUUGCGUACCGUCAAAUGAGUACGAUGACCGGUAUUAAAGAUCCUACCGAGCCACCGAAAUUGGAAGAAAUAAUUCAAGGGAACAAGCAGCACAAUGCCAUUGUUAAAAAAAGUUUCGCAGACUUUAGCAAUUUAUCUAUGCAAACUUUACUCGAUUUCUCCAGAGAAAUGGCAGAAUCUUUCAGGUUGAUGUUAGAGAAUUUAAGAGUUCGGAUUCAACAGUUUCAUGAGGAAAAUCAGUCUAUAUUUGAUUUAUUUUCAAUUUCUCAUCUAGAAAAAUGGACUCAACGCGAACAAUAAAUUAGACAGAAUUAUCAACAUUUUUCAAUAGAUUUAUGUUUUACAUUGUGUUGUGAUUGAAAACCAUGUAAUUUCAUUAAAAUAUUAAAGUUUAAACACACUUCGUAAAAGAAAAGAUUCUGUGAAUGUUGAAGAUCGUAAAGUUACUUUAAUAAUAAAAUAAGGAUCGAAGAGAAAUAACUGAUCUUAAUUUAUUUCUUAGAAACCUUGAUGAAUGAAUAUACAUAAAUGCUAUUAAUAUUUAAGCAUAACAAUAAGUAACGUUUGUGUUACUAAUCGAUUACUGAUAUAAUCGAAGAUGCCUGCUUUUCUCGACGAUUAUCGAGAUAUCGAAUGCGUGUGCCAUAUUGGUUUUCUACUCUCUUACCGCCAAUGUAAUGCGUCGCAAUGAAUUCGUUGCGUGUUUCUUAACCGCUGAAAGAGUUAAACUUUUUUGGAAUAGUUUCCUUAAUUAUAGUUAAUUUUCUUGGUACACUUGCAUUUGUUCAGUAAUUUUUGUUAUCAAUAUGCCAAGACAGUGUUGUGUUCUUUGUGCAAGCGAUGAAGGAGUGUUUUUAGAUAUUACAUCCGACAACAAACAUGUAUUUCAUGAACAGUUUGAGAUUUGUUCGCUCGUUGAGGUACUCACAGAAGAUCAGUUACCAUCAAAACUUUGUCACAAAUGUGUAUAUGAAUUAAACCAAUGUAGCUCUUUUGUACAAAGAUUUAAACAUACUACAAAACAAAAGAAACUGAAUCGCAAACGUUGCUGCAGUUUAUGUUAUCGACCUGCAAGAAAUGAAUUAGUCUUUGAUCUUAGCAAAGAUCAAAGCUUACAACACAAUUCAUUUGACAAAAUUCAAAAAGUUUUUGAUUAUGAUCUGAAAAGUUUUAAGGAAGAUCAGAAAUUUAUAUGUUUAUCUUGUCGAUACACAUUGGAUGUACUGUUUGAUUUAAAAAAUCUAUCUAAAGAAACUGCAAUCAAGUUAAAUGACAUAAUUAAUGAAAAAGUGGACUAUGUAAAUAUGCCCAAGAUAAAAACCUUUGUGGUAAGUCGCAAAACUACAAUUACUGAAUCUGCCAGAACCGUUUUACCUAAACUGCAAGAAUCUAGUAGUGAUACUACAAUAAUAACGCGUACGCGAUCUCAAGAUAAUAAAUCAGGUAAUAAUACUAAAUCGAAUAAAAAACAGGAAAGGCAAUUUUGUGGUAAGUGUAAGAAGUUAAUGAAAAUUGAAGAUGAUAUGUACAAAAUUCAUAAAAUAAGUACUAGUAUUUGUAAAAAAUGUUGGGAAAAGUCGGGUCAUGAUAAAAACGAAAUUGAAAAUCAAAUACCCCAAAAUGUUACAGAACCUAAAGUUUGUAAAGUUUUUCUAAAAGAUGUGUUGAAAAACACAGAAAAAUUGUACACAGUUAACAAGGGUAACCAAGGUAAUAAGACCUAUGUUGCAAAGAAUAAAAAUGUAGAGAAUGAAAGUAAAUCUGAUAGUAUAAGUAAUAAUACGAGAAACAGUGUAAGCAAGCAAAGUCAGAAACGUUCUAUCUCGGACGUGAAAGAUAACAGCAAGCAAACGAAUAAUGAACCUACUCUGCCUAAAAGAUCUAAAGUUGCUGCAAAACAAGAAAGUGAUUCAAUUUUAGACUCUAAGGAGUCCAAACCCAGCCCACAAGAGACAAGACAACGAAAAGCAACAACUGCUACUCAAAACGUUGACUCAGAUUCUUCUGUAUUAAUAAUGAGAAGGAGUGGAAGAACUCUAACUAAGCAAAAGCGGGCAACCGGCGCUUCACUGUCCGAUGCGGAUGUUGAUAGGAAACGUAAUCGUAUGAAGUUAAGAAAUAUUUUAGAAGGUAAUGCUGUAAUAAAAAGUUUCGAGUUAACUGAUGAAUCUUCGUCAAAUGAGGACGCUGUACCAAGGAAGAAGCGAAGAUUUGCAAGUAUUUCGCCUGUUCCGAUAGAGAAGAAAAGGAAAAAGAUCUCGAAAAAAGAUACAUCACAGCAAACACCAAAAAAUGUUUUUAAUAAACAGUUAAGAUAUAUUAAGCAAUCAAAAACAUUUCAACAAUCACAGUCCUCUGAAUCUGAUGUUGAACAGGUCGUAUUUGACACAACAACAUACAUUUGCGACGAGUGUGGAGCCAGUUAUGAGAAUAAACUUAUGGGACUGACACACAAAUUGACGCAUUACAAGCAGCCAAAAAUAGAAUUAAUAAAAGUGAAGAAUAAAGAAGUAGCAAAAGAGGUAUCAGAUACAAAUGAAAUAACAGAUGAACAGAGUAAAGAUCAAUGCGAGGCUGCACCGAUUAGAGUAGAUGACGAUGAGGAAGAGCCAGCGAAAGAUAUGAACGAUUUAACUGAAAAUAAUACGGAAGAUAAAUCAUAUUAUUCUAAAAAGGAAGCAAUGGAAGAUGCUGUUGAUAUGGAACUUGUUAUGAAGGAAUCUGAUGACGAUUGUACUCAAACCGAGAAGAAAACUGAUGAAUCACAGAAGGAAGAGGAAAUAACAGAUACAGUUUUAACAAACUCGUUGACACCAGACGAAGCUGAAGAUAAAGAACAAAAUAGAAGUAGUUCCGAUAAUAACAACGAUACUAUUGAAUCUGUGGAAAAAGAAAAUAUACAGUCAGAAAAAACACAUAAUACUUCAGUUAAUAAUGUUGAAGAUAAAGAGGAAGAAAAGCAGAAUGCUUUACCUAAUGACAGUGAAGAUGUCCAGGAAGAGAAAGAUCAAGAAGAAAAUGAUAAGGAGGAACAAAACCCAGAAGAAAAUGAUAAGGAAGAACAAAACCCAGAAGAAAAGGAUAAGGAAGAAGAAAACCCAGAAGAAAAGGAUAAGGAAGAAGAAAACCCAGAAGAAAAUGAAAAUGAGGUAAAUGACAAAAAUGAAAAGAAAGAUGAAAAUACGAAUGAACAGGUUACAAGAACGGAAAGAAAAGACAGUAGCGAAGAAGAAAUAAUAUCUUUAGGGAUAUGGGAUGAGAGUGAAGGUUUGACUGACAAAGGGUCUCAGAAGGAUUCUAAUAAUGACACUGCAAACGGUAAUAUUGAUCGUACUAAAGACGAUAAAUGUAACAGUGUUGAGAAGAAAGUUGAAGAGGAUGACGUACAAGAGGUAGAGAUUAAUAAACAAAAGUCAUCUGAACGUAUUAAAAAGAGGACAUCCUCUGAGGGUAACAAGGAUCAAACCGUUGAAGUAAAUACUACUAUUGUUAUUGACAGGUGUAAACCUAUCAUUGUAGAAGAUGUAUUAGAGAAAAGCAUCGCAAUUGGUGAUAAAGAUAGUGACCCCGAUAACGUAAAAGUCUCAAAAUCAGACGCGUCGAAACAAGAAGAACAAAAUGAAUGCGUUCAUGUGGCGGCAGAGGUUUUACAAGAGGUUAUCGAUUUGGCAAGCGCUGUGGUUCAGAAACGACAUGAUGUUAUUGAAAUAGACGAGGAAGGUAAUUAUAACGAGGCAGAAACUGUAGAGAACAUAUCGCGUGAAAUACAAAACAGUGUGUAAAUGCCGUAUGUUGAAUAAAAUGGCACUGAAAUUGAAAAGUGAAACGGUAUACAGCGCUUCCGCCAAGAUUGCCACUGUGGUCUCAUUCCCUUAUUGCCACUGCGUCUAGACCUGCGCCUAUGCUUUUCUUGCUGGAGCCAGUCAAGUAUGUUAAAUAGUAUAACUCGAUACCCGCCGCAGUUCUUUUGAUGUGAGUUGACACUUUAGUAAUUCGUAAUUCUUGAGAUUCUUCUGAUAAAAAUCAGACCAAACACGAUAUAAUUUGCAUUAUAUGUAUUUAUCCUACUUCCAUUAAAAAACAGGAUGUUCCAAAAUAGUACAUAAUGCUUCGGCUGUAAAACUCUUUUUUUACUACUAAGUAAACUACUAUGAUUGCAGUGGCAAUCUCGUAGGAAUGACUGUAUGUUUAACAGAACUUUUGUAAACACAUCUAUCACCAUUUUUCUAUAAAAAAUUUAAUGUAAAUUAUGUAGACGUAUAAUUAUACACAGGUAGGAAACAGAGAUGAAGGUAAAAAAUUGUAUGGAUUGAAAUAACCUCUGUAGUUUAUUUUACUAAGACGGUACAAAUGUGGAAAACAUGCAAACAUAAUUUUUUUUAAGCAGUGUUACGAAGACUGUGCGAAUAAUGUUCAAUUUCUAAAAAUUACAAUAUCUGAUCAAAUGAUGAAACAUGUAGGCGGUUAAUUUUCAAGUCACUAUAUCUUUGCUUCUGAUUAAUUUCUAUAUUUUUAAAUUUCCUACACCUCUUAUUUUGUUAGAUCACAUUCACAUGAUUAUAGUAUUCCGCACAGGCAAUUAAUUCUACGAAAUAAAUAGACUUUAACAAUAAUAAAUUUACUUUGAUUUUUAAAAUAAGUUUUACUUAAUCGGCAUUACUUAUAUGCAAUUUUAAUGAUUCUUUUUUCAUUUUGUUUUUUAACUUCAUCUUUACUUACUGUCGAAAAAUUAUUAUCUCAGACUAAAAAAAAAUUAGAAGUAACUUGCUUUGUUAAGUUUUGUACAAACUUUUCAUAUUUGCAAGUCACAGAAAAAAUGCAUAAUUAUUUUUAUCUGUAGUUUAAUUGCAGAAAGAAGAUAGAGACUCAUUACGAUUUUCUUAGUACAAUUAACUUUUAGAUUAUUGUGUUACACUUUUAAUGUUUUAAUUUUGUUUCUUUUAAUUACUCAUCUUUAUAGAUUUCUUUGCAACUUAGCUUUCAUCAAUUCAAUACUUCAAAUAGAUUUUGCUUGAUUUUAACUUGGCUUUAUGGACUAAGAAUUGAGAAACUCAUAUUUGUUUAUGUAUUACUCUACAAAACAGUAUCAAUCAUCUUAACGAUGUAUGUAGAUGAGAUAUAUCAUCGUUUCUUAUAUUUAUACUUUCCUCAUAGCCAUUUUGAAACAUUUUUCAAACUUAACACUUUGGUGACUAUCAUUCCUAUUUAUUUUAAAAAAUAUCAAUUUUGCAUUGUAUGUAGAUUGAUGUUAUCAAAUAAAAUUUUGUUAUUAUUAUUAUUAUUAUUAUUAUUUUUUUUUUUUUUUUUUUUGUUAAAUCUAGAAUAUUUAUGAAAUGUUGUCAAAGUGUUAAAAAUUUACCGACAAGUUUGUUUUUGUGCAAGCCCCAAUAAGUUUGAAGACAAAAGAAAGCACUGUGGCGUUGCUGCGAAGAUAGACAGAUAAAGUUGCAUAAAUAAAAUUGAAGUAAGAAACGAGAAUUACUUGUGACAAGAAAUGAUGUGGAACGCAAUUGUUGCCUGUGAACUUUAAGGCCAUGACAUGUCUUGAUUAUUAUUGUUCUAUACGGAUAGUAACGAUGAAAUUGUAUCCAGUGAAUUUUCGUGUGAGAUAUCCAAAUCUGAUUUAAUGUCUGCAACAUUAAAUGGUGGAUGUAUGAAAAGACAGAGAACAAGACUAUUUACAAGCGGUAUGUUCAUGUAUUUUAUGUUUAUAAGGUUUAAGGGAAUCAGUAUACAUUGUAGAAUCAAGAAGUUUGAUUCAAUAGAAAUUAAAAAAAAGAAAAAUAUUACACAUGAAAAUUUAUAAAAAUAUAAAUAAGAAUUAUUAAAUCUCAUGGGUAAGCAUUAAUAUUAUUUGUUUUCUACAUUAAAAAAUAUAAUUAAGAAAAUAUUAAUUAUUAAUACGUUUAGCACAAAAUGAAGAGAAACAGCGACCAUAGUAAUGCAAUGGACAGUUGAAAUUUGAAGUAAAGAAAUAUACAUUGUGUAAAUAUAAUAGAACGAAACAUAUGUAAUAUGUUCACAGGCGUACAUAUAUUAAAAAAUAUAUAAAUUCAUAAACAUACUUUGUGUAUGUAUUACGGUCGUAAUUAUUAUAAGAAAGAAAUUUAAAUUUAUCAUCACCUUCUAUUCUCUUGGCCCAAAAGUUUUUCCUACAACAUUUCCAUCGACAAAUUUUCAAUGUAGCAUCUUCAUCGUAUUCGCCGCAUUGUAACAAUAUAUUGUAAUAUUCCUUGAUUAUCUCUUGCCCUGCGGAAAGAUAUUACGUUUUACAAUCAUGCAAUUUUAUUUUAACGUAUUAGGUGUAAGGCAAUCGAGAAAAAGGAAAAGAAAACGUCUAUAAUUUCUACGUGUAUAUCAUCUGUAUUUUUAAUGUAGGUAAAUGUUCGUUUCCACUUAGCCCACGCCUGUUACACAUUCUUACAUUGUAAAAUGGAACACUGUAAUAAACUAGUAAGCGCGUAUUUCUAAAUGUAUUUGUUUUAUUGAAUCUGCUAAAAAUAAAUUUUGUCUUUUAUCGA